AUGUAUUCGCUGAUAUCGAAAUCAGGGUUUUCCGCUUUGGAUCGCUGGGUGGAGAAGAGGAAUCAACGAAAAAUCCAGGAAAGAGCUGCGAAAGAAAAGCGUGACGAGCAAAGUCAAGUCUGCCUUUCUAUUUCUUCUUUAUCCGCUUUGAGAUAUAGUUGCCUUCCUUGGCAAGGGAUUUUUCACCCAGUCACUGUAGUUAGGAAAAAGAAGCUAGUGAACGUGGACCUCCCUCCUCUUUUCCAGGCGGGACAGAGAGAUAGCGAAGUAGGAGAUGGUAUGGGUUUGAAUAUCGACUUGGUGAGCUACCGUCCUUCUCUCAAUCGUUUGUCUCCGGACUCCGGAGGGUUCACGCCAAGCUUCAUCAAUCGCCACGAACAAUCGCUUUCAAGCAAUUUUUCUAUCUCGACUGGCCAGUAUAGCAGAUUAGGAUUUCAUCACCUUCUCUUUCUUUUGUCAAGCAAGGGUGGUCGUAGAUCAGGAGCGGUUAAGCAAAUCCGUACGCAAAUAGGGACAAGUUAA